AUGGGAUGGCCAAAAAUAUCAUCUAGGAAUUCUGCAGCUGGUAGCAAAGGACCACAAGUUCCGCCGCUCCCACCAGAUUUAGCACAGGAGGCUGCACAGGCUGCUAACUCUGCGAAUGGACCACCACCACCACAUCUAUCACGUCCAUUAGCUGCGCCUAAACCUCAAAGAUUGAUGCCGUCCAUACCACAGGAUAUGGCAUACAACUUAGAAAAUCAAUCAGAUCAGAAUAGCUCACUGAAUUCAUCAUUUGGCGAAUUAAAGGUCGACGCUCAGCCUAAAACACAAACAGCGGGCUCUCCUAACGUCAUCAUUCCACCAAGGACACAUUCUAAUCCAACCUGGGAACCUCUUUCACAAACAAUGAAUCAACGUCAGGAUCCGCCAUCACCCGUGUCUGUUUACAUGUCUCCACCUACAUUCUCACCUUCGAUGCUCUAUCCAACAACUGACGCGUCUAUCCAUGGCUUACCAGUUAUUACCGUCAACUUACCAGACUUACAAUCCCUCAUCGAUAGCAAAGGCGCGCAAUCACAACCAGCUGAACUAUUAGAAUGGUCAAAGAACGUUUUAUCGUACGUUGAACGCAGAGAGCGUACGCUUUCUGUAACUGGCGUACCUUACGAUCGUCGUAACCUUGAAGAAGAGGAGAAAAUCGCACCACUAGUCGAUCAUGCCGUUCAAGUCAUUCUUACAUUAGCUGCUUCAUCAAAUUCUACACCGAAACCAGUACUCAUUGAGGCUUUAUACUUACGUGCAGAUAUGACAUCCUCAGGUGCUUAUUCUGAUCACAGACCAAGGGAUCCAAGAGCAGCUUUCCGUGAUUUCGAAGCAGCUGCUAAAGGUGGUUUUGCAUCUGCAUGGUUUAGAAUCGGAAGAGAGUAUGAGCAAGUUCCAGACGUUGGACGUGCUGUUGAUGCUUAUCAACGUGGUAUUAAGUUCAAUGAUUGUUCAUCUCUUUACCGUAUUGGUACUGCCUACCUCCUAGGUCAACUCAAUUUGGCACAAGAUCCAGAAAAAGCAAUCCCAUUAUUGAGACAAGCUGCUGAAAGAGCCAACAUUGACCAGCCAAACCCUGCAUAUGUGUUCGGUAUGAUCUUAGCUGGAGAAUAUGAUCACGUUUCAAUCGAUCCUUCUUUAUUGCUCUCUUCUACCGACAAACCACCUGCGAUUGAGGCAAAGAUCUUCUUGGAAAGAGCUGCUUAUUAUUUAUAUCCACCUGCAUUAUACAAAAUGGGAUUAAAUCAUGAAUUUGCUUUACAAGGUUGUCAAUUUGAUCCUUUGCUCUCAAUACAGUACUAUUCAAAGGCUUCAGAGUUAGGUGAAUUUGAAGCCGAUAUGGCAUUAUCAAAAUGGUUCUUAUGUGGACACGAAGGAGCAUUUGCCAAGGAUGAGAAAUUAGCUUUCACAUUUGCAGAGAAAGCAGCUAGAGGCAACUUACCAUCAGCUGAAUUCGCUUUAGGAUACUACUAUGAAGUAGGUGUUGGAGGUAUUGUCGAUCUGUCACUCGCCAAAAAAUGGUAUGCCCGUGCUGCAGAGCAUGGAAAUGAUGAAUCUGCAUCUAGGUUAGCAGCAUUAGAGGAUGCUCACCCAAUGUCAAGGGAUGAACACAACGAGAUAGUCGGUGAUAGGUUAGUACGUCGUCGCACACAAGCCAAAAAGGAAUCGGAAUCAGUACAAGCACGUCGUCAAAGAUCACAUAAUGAUGCUAUGGAAAAACCACAACCAAUGGUACCACAACAAGCAGUUAAUAUGCAAGGUAGUAUAAGUGCGCCUUCAACAGCAGGUCCGGUUGACUAUCAAUCACCGCCAUUGCAUAAUCAACCACUGUCGACGGUACAACCAGUACCGCAAGUGCCACAACCAAGAGCCCAAGUACCAAAAUUAAGCAUACCUUCGAAUGUUCCAAGAUAUAGCUUAGUUGAUGCGCCUACACCAAUACAAGACCCAUUAAGUAAUAGUAGAUUACCUUCACCACAAAUAAAUCCCGAUCAAACCCAAAGACGUCAAUCAUCGAGACCGUUACAAAGACCUGUAAAAGGACCUGCAACGUUUAAUGAAAUGGGUAUCACCGUUGGUACGGCGAAGAAGGACCCAGAUUGUGUAAUUAUGAGCGUUACACUUGAACCAGCUAAAGAGCUCAUCUUUCCACGCCCGGUCGCAUCACCAGACGUUAAAGUUGGUACAGCAAUUGAUAAAGAAAUCCUUAAGAUUAAGAACCCAACGGCCACCCCGGUUGCAUUCAAAGUUAAAACCACAGCACCACGCAGUUACUGUGUUCGUCCUAACGCUGGAAGAAUCGAACCAGGCCAGACAAUUGACGUACAAGUUCUCGUACAAGCGGUGAAAGACGCACCACCAAUUGGUGCUAAAUGCAAGGACAAGUUCCUUGUUCAAUCUGUACACAUCAACGAAAGCAGACAAUCACUUUCGGUUGCUGACUUUUGGUUGAAUGUCGAACGUGAAGACAAGAACGCUAUUAUUGAGCAAAAGAUUCGCUGCAACUGGAAGAUGUCACAAUUUGAAACUGUCGGCGAGGAAGAUCUACAAAUGAGUGAUGCCGCGCGCUCGAAUUCUUCAAACACCCAAAAUGGAUACGGUACUACACCAAUUAUCACAGCUACACCAUAUCAACAAGCAUCAGAGUUACCACAAGAGUCUACACCUCUUUCACAUUUACCACCAGUACCUGAAAAUGACAUAAAGAGAGGUCUUGGUAUACGUAAUGACAGUAAUGACAUCCAAACACUCCCAGAAGCUAAACAACGUAUUGCUCAACUCGAGCAAGAAUUAACUCAAAUGAGACAAUCAUCAUCUGGAUUCACAACAGCUACAGCGACACACCAAACUGAAGGUGUACCAUUACAAAUGGUCGCAGGUAUCGUUGUCUCUGUUUUCGUUAUAACUUACCUCUUUCUUUAA